AGUGAGUGGAGGCACAGCACAGACACAGCCCGACCCUGUGCACAGUCCUGGCCCCCAAACAGCACAGCACAGCAGCACCAGACACUGGUCACAUACAGAGCCGCAAUGGCAGCCGAGGGCAGCUUACUGCCUCAGUUUCUCUUUGCCAGCAACUUGACGAAGACGGUACGUAUCCGGGAGAAGAUACCCGGCGACAUCGAGAGGCCAUCCCGCACCAAUGGCUUGAUCCACCACUUCAGGAGGCUGCACAGGUACACGGUGGAGCUGUUCCGCCUCAGUCACUUCAGCCCUCAGUUCAGGGAGAAGGUCCAAGCGGCUCUGCUCGACAAGGCUCUACAGACAGCCCUGGAGCAACUCAGGAAUCUCAACUGGUGCAGGGAGGUCACCAAGCUGGUCCCUUUAAAGACCAAUGGAGACGGGAACUGCCUUCUUCAUGCCACAUCUCAGUUUAUGUGGGGCGUUCAGGACAUCGACCUUGCCCUUCGCAAAACACUAUGGGAAGCUCUGAAGGGAACGGACACAAGGAACUUUAAAUUCCGAUGGCAGAUUGAAUGUGUAAGGUCUCAGCAAUUUGAUGCCACAGGUCUACGCUAUGACACCAAGAACUGGGAUGAAGAAUGGGAUAAAGUGGUGAAAAUGGCAUCAGCAGCUUCCAACUUGGGCCAGCCUGGAUUAUCGUACGGUUCACUGGAAGAGAUUCACAUAUUUGUUCUGGCCAAUAUACUCAGAAGACCAAUAAUUGUGAUUGCCGACAGAGUGGUGAGAAGCUUUUGCAAUAAUACAAGUUUGGCUCCCUUGCACUUUGGAGGAAUUUAUCUGCCGUUGCAUUGGCCAGCACAAGAAUGUUAUAAAUAUCCUAUUAUAAUAGGCUAUGACGCACAGCAUUUUGCUCCGCUUGUUGCCGAUAAUGACAUUGGUCCAGCAAUCCGUGCUGUUCCACUUGUGCACAAUGAGGGAAGACGAUUUGAAGACUUCAUGAUACACUUCUUAACACCAGAAGAGGAGAAAAAUAAAGAGAAACUAUUGAAGGAGUACUUCAAUCUUAUUGAAAUACCAGCACAAGGCCAGGAUUUUGGCACCACUGACUUGAUUAAAGCUGCAAGGUUGGAUGAAGGCAAUCUUCCAGAAGAUUUGAAUUUGGUGGAGGAUUACUAUCAGCUGGUAAAUCACGAGUUUAAGAAGUGGCAGCAGAGUCCGGGUGCGAUGAGCAGACCUGCGUACCAGCCAGUCCGAAUGAAUCCCGCCGCAGUUCAAGGUUCGCUCAUAGAAGAGAAAUGCGCAACGCGUGGCUGCCCAUACUACUGCUCUGUGGAGACCAAGCCAAUUUGUCAUGAGUGUUUUGAGCGGGCAAACUGCAGGAAAACUGAAAGCAAGCCAAAACCACAUGAGCAGCAGAAAAAGAAAGGGUCUCGUCCUGUUUGGCCUGAGUUGGUAAAUGCUGCGAUAGAGCCUGAGCCUUCAUCUAGACCUCGCUCAGCACCGCCGACGGCUCCGAGCCUUUUCCUUUUUAGCGAAACCAGUGCCAUGAAAUGCAAAGUUCCCACUUGCCCAUUCACAUUGAACGUGCAGUACAAUGGAUUAUGUGAACGUUGCUUUAAAGCAAGGACAGCCUUGCCCGGUAACGUCCCUGAUAAUAGGACUUCUGAGCUGAGAUUGGCCCAUCGUAAUGAGUCCAGUUCUGAGCAGCUUGGUUCACCCCAGGAGAAUAUAAGGACUAAACAAGGUCCAGUUAACCCAUUGCACCAAGAACAAACGUGGUGCAGUAGAUGCCAUCAGGACGUCCUAAAGACCAUUAAUGGCUUGUGCAAUACAUGCUUGUUAAGGACCUUUCGAGGAAACUGCAAUUCCUCAUUCGAAGGCACCAGUUCUUCACAUUCAGGCCAUGAGAGGUCGCACUCAGACCCCUGUCAACUUGUAAAGAAUGCUGGUCUUCCAUCGGUCACUGAUCAGCACCAGGUCUCCAAUCUGUGUCCCUCCAUCAAUGGACUGCAAGGUUCUGACUCUACACAGCACAGUCGAGGCACCCAUGGGUCUGAGGAGUUACGAGAAGGUGUGCCAAAGUGCAAGAAGCCUGGAUGCAUGUAUUUUGGAACUCAACAGCAUCAAGGAUUCUGCACCCUCUGCUUCAUUGAAUACAAGACAAAUUUAGGCGAUCCUUUAGCAAUUAACCCAAACCGAGCACAGAGGAAUCAGCAACGAUCCCACCAGCCGUCACCGUCAGAUCCUAGGUUCCAGAACAUGGCCAGAUGUCGGGGGCAGGACUGUGAGACGUUUGGAAAGACUCUGUUCGAAGGAUACUGCGAGAAAUGUUUCAUUGCUGCACAGCAUCAGAGAAUCAAUGAAGCAACAGGAUGUAGAGGGCAAUCCAACAUCAAUGCUGGGGAACAUGGACAUUCUGACCGCAACGAGUUAAGAAGACAGCAAAUAAAAUGUGCAAGAAACUAUUGCAAUAACUUUGUAAACACCAGCACAGAGGAACUUUGUUUACAGUGCCAUCAGAGGAAUUGUGGUAGCUCCCAGGACCAAGUGGAGAGUUAUCCACAAAAACCACGUUGCCAGACAAUUGGGUGUGACCAUUUUGGAAAUGAGAAAUGCAACGGAUAUUGCAAUGAAUGCUACCAUUUCGUUCUCAAUUCUGGUGGGCAAUAGAUUUCAUUGCAAGCUGAGGAAGAACUUGUUUUUCGUCCAACUGAUUGUUUUGUUUACGGUGCUAACUUUAAAGAGUCUGUAUUCUCAAUCUUCAGGCCAGUACUUUUGAAAAGGUGAAACUUUAUUAUUUCCCUUUAAAUGUUUAAUUUGUCAAUUUUGUAUAUUUAUUUCCUUUCUGUAUAAUUUGGUUUGUUUGGCUAACUAUAAAAGCCUAUAUAUUUCUCCACACUUUGUGUGUCUGUCCAUAAAGUAAAGCUGAUUCCAUUGAUUAUAACUCUAAUGUUGAUUUUGUAAAAAUAUAAACAAACUUUACUAAUAAAUUAUUUACCAAAAGUA